AUUUACUUACGCCUAAUGGUUGGAACAGAUAGGCAGAUUAUACUGAUUCCCUUUGAAACAAUUGAUUGUAUUGUUGUAAAUUAAUCUCAAAGUAAUUGGGAAGUUGGAAAUUUCGGUAAAAUGUUUUUCGGUUGUUUGAAUGCAAAACGACUCGGGAUAAUUGGAGUGGCUGCAGUGAUUGUAAUUGUAACAGUCGUACUAUGCGUGGUAUUGAUUCCACAAUCGAAAAAGAAUAAUGUCACCCCUCCGACUCCGCAACAAUUUCCAACGACUUUUAAAUUUGGAAGUGCAUCCUCAGCUUAUCAAAUCGAAGGGGCGUAUAACGUUGACGGAAAAGGCGAAAAUGUUUGGGACGUCAUGACGCGUGACUAUCCGGAGAGGAUUUUAGAUGGUUCGAACGGUAAUGAUGCGGCCAAUUCUUACGAAUUUUACGAGGAAGAUGUGAAGGCGUUGGUAGAGGCAAAAAUGCAAUUUUAUCGCUUCUCUAUCAGUUGGUCAAGAAUUUUACCGACUGGCGACAUUUCGUCGGCCAACGAGCUUGGACUACAAUACUACGAUAAUCUCAUCAACGCACUAAUCAAAAAUAAAAUCGAACCGAUGAUUACGAUGUACCAUUGGGACAUGCCGGAAAAACUGCAGCAGCUUGGCGGUAUGCCGAAUCCAAUAAUUGUGGAUUACUUUGAGCAAUACGCAAAAUUGUUGUUUGAGAGAUAUGCCGACCGAGUGAAAUUGUGGAAUACCUUCAAUGAACCUAUAAUAUUCUGCGAGUAUGGCCACGGCAAUUUGGUCCAUGCACCUUUGGUAAAUUCGCCUGGAAUCGGGGACUAUCUAUGUGGUCAUCACGUUCUGUUGGCUAACGCUCGCGUUUAUCGAAUGUACCACAAUUUUUACAAUGCGGACAAAACUGGAAAAAUUGGUAUUGUCUUGAACAGUCCUUAUACGUGGCCGUUAGAUGCUAGUAACGAGGCAGACGUCGCCGCAGCUGAUCAAUCAAUGCAAUUCUGGUUGGGAUGGUUUGCUCAUCCCAUUUUUUCAAGCACUGGCGGCUAUCCACCUGUAAUGACAAAUGUUGUAAACAACAACAGUAUUGCUGAAAGUCGGACAUGGUCACGACUACCAGAGUUUACUGCGGACGAAAUUGUUUACGUAAAGGGAACGUCAGACUUUUUAGGAUUAAAUUACUACACCAGUCAUUAUGCGACACCAGCUACAGAUGCCUCGACUCGCUGGCCAAAUCCGUCGUACUAUAAAGACGUAAAUAGCAUUCUUUCACAGAAUCAGACCUGGCCAGUUGCGAAGUCCAGUUGGCUACGAUCCGCACCUGACGGUUUAAGAGCUUUGCUCAAUUGGAUUAAGAAUCAAUACAGCAAUCCCGAAGUAUUUAUUACUGAAAACGGGUGGUCUGAUAGUGGAGAAUUGGAAGAUGAGGGUCGGAUUGAGUAUCUACGAGGUCAUUUGCAAGCCGUACUCGAUGCGGUGUUGCGUGAUCGAUGCAAUGUCGUUGGUCACACCACAUGGAGUAUAAUCGAUAAUUUUGAAUGGACAGCGGGAUACACUGAACGAUUCGGUUUGUUCCACAUCGACUUUACUAGUCCGAAUAAGACCCGAACUGCAAAGAGUUCGGUUGCAUUUUUACGGUCCAUCAUUCAGACGAGAAUGAUGCCCACUGAUUAGGAGAAAUGUG